AUGGCACUUCUCGUGGACAAACAUCGGCCAAGGUCUCUUGACCAACUGUCCUACCAUAAAGAUCUCUCCGAGCGUCUCCGUUCACUGGCCCAAAGUGGAGACUUCCCUCACCUCCUCGUAUACGGUCCCUCUGGCGCAGGCAAAAAGACACGGAUUGUUGCAACUCUCAAAGAGCUCUACGGGCCUGGCGUUGAGAAGAUCAAAAUUGACUCGCGAGUCUUCCAGACAACCUCCAACCGGAAACUAGAAUUCAACAUCGUGGCGUCCGUGUACCACCUGGAGAUCACUCCUUCAGACGUCGGGAAUUAUGACAGAGUCGUCGUGCAAGAUCUGCUGAAAGAGGUGGCGCAGACACAGCAGGUUGAUCAGAGCGCCAAGCAGAGAUUCAAAGUCGUGGUUAUCAACGAGGCGGAUCAUUUGACACGAGAUGCGCAGGCGGCACUGAGGAGAACGAUGGAGAAGUAUAGUCCGAAUUUGAGACUGAUAUUGUUGGCGAAUAGCACAGCGAAUAUCAUUGCGCCAAUUAGGAGUAGAACAUUGCUAGUGAGGGUUGCCGCUCCAACAGAGGACGAAAUUUGCGAUGUGCUUGCACGGAGUGGGAAGAAGGAGGGGUGGCCUUUAGCCAAGGAACUGAACAUGAGGAUUGCGAAGGAGAGUGGGAGGAACUUGAGGAGAGCGUUAUUGAUGUAUGAGGCUGUUCAUGCGCAGAACGAGAAAGUAACGGACAGCACACCAAUCCCACCUCCAGACUGGGAGGCGCUUAUCAGUCAGAUUGCCAAAGAAAUUAUGGAGGAGCAUUCGCCGGCGCGUAUCCUCCAAGUCCGAGCGAAGCUUUACGACCUCCUAACACACUGCAUCCCACCAACCACAAUCCUCAAAACCUUAACAUUCAAACUCAUUCCUAUGAUCGAUGAUGCUUUGAAAGCGGAUGUUAUCAAAUGGGCAGCUUUCUACGAGCACAGGAUCAGGAUGGGCACGAAGGUUAUCUUCCAUUUAGAGGCUUUUGUUGCGAAGUUUAUGCGAAUACUGGAGGAGUAUCUGAUGAGUAUGGACUUUUGA